AGAAAAGAUUAAUUUACAUGCUGUGAAUGUGAAUACCCAGGGAUCAAACGAAAAGUGGACAACAAGGAUCAAACUAACUAUACUGUGUGUACCCCUCAAGUUUUCUGAAACUAACAAAUAAUGACUUUCAAGAGGGAACUUACAUAAAUAGUCUAUCUAGAAGGAUACUUCUGUUUGUCUAUCAUCUACAGGUUAUCAUAAGAAUUGAAAAUUCUAGUAAUGAAUGGUCGGGUUGCCCAAACACUUAUCAGACCUUUUUUGUAAGUUCCAAUUGGUCAUAAUCAAAUAGCAAUUAAGGCGUUAAAAUGGUUAUCAUUUAUCAAAUUGUCCCAGGCCAAGGCAUCAUUUGGAAAUGGAAUGAAUUGAAUGCAAAUCAUGUUUCACUUGCUAUUUCCAACUUUUAAUUGCAGUUUAUACUGUUUUGAAGGGAGAAAGGAGUUUAAUAAUUUUUAAACGGAACUUCUGCAGGUCUUUUCAUGAUGUAGUGAUUUUUCAGCAACCUCUUAUUUUUCAACUCUUCGUUCCGUAUUGUAUCUGCUGUUGUGAGAACUUAGUUUUCAAAACAAGGUACCACAUUCUAUUUUGUUUCCCCAACAUCUUUAUACCCUACCACUUCGCAUCUUCGGGUGCACAUGUUUUGUUCAUGACCUUACUCCAGGGAAAGAUAAGUUGGCUGCAAAAUCCCUUAAGUGUCUUUUUCUCGGCUACUCUCGUCUGCAGAAAGGUUAUCGGUGCUAUUCCCCAGAUCUUCGAUGAUACUUUGUCUCUGCCGAUAGGUCCUUAAUCUCCCCAUUGCACCCACCUCUGUCUCCAUUCCCACCCCUGUCUCUAGCACCACCCUACGCACCUACCAACGGAGGCCUCGUCCACCACCCGCUCCUCAAGACUCAUCCCCUGCUCUACCAGACUCUCACUCUCUGCAUCCUACACCAGAGCUACCCAUUGCUCUGCGUAAAGGUAACAGGUCAUCUCAAAAUCCUAAUCCUAUAUAUGCUUGUCAUUUGAAUUACAAUCAAUUAUCUACAUCCUAUUAUGUUUUUGUGGCUUCCUUGGAUUCUGUGUCUAUUCGGAAAACUACAGGUGAAGCUAUGUCUGAUCCUGGCUGGCGACAAGCAAUGAUAGAUGAAAUGACUGCUUUGCACUCCAACGGGACAUGGGAUUUAGUACCGGUACCUGAUGGCAAAACCACAGUGGGGUGUCGCUGAGUCUAUACAGUCAAAGUUGGGCCUGAUGGAAAGAUUGAUCACUUAAAAGCUCGUCUUGUGGCAAAAGGAUACACACAGAUCUUUGGUCUUGACUAUGGGGAUACCUUUUCUCCGAUUGCCAAAAUCGCAUCCGUCUGACUUUUUCUUGCCAUAGCUGCUAUUCACCAUUGGCCACUCCAUCAAUUAGACAUAAAAAAUGCCUUUCUGCAUGGAGAGUUACAAGAGGAGGUGUAUAUGGCACAACCACCAGGCUUCACUGUUAGUUUUUCCUCUCACUUGGUAUGUUGAUUACGUCGAUCUCUAUAUGGCCUGAAACAAUCUCUCCGUGCUUGGUUUGGGAGGUUUAGUACCGUGCUCCAGGAGUAUGGUACGACUAGAUGUGAAGUUGAUGACUUGGUUUUCUUCUUGCACUCUUCACCAACCACUUGCAUCUACCUGCUUGUCUAUGUUGACGACAUCAUCAUCAUAGGUAAUGACCAGGUUGGUAUUCAUCAGCUCAAACAACAUUUGUCUCAAAACUUUCAAACUAAAGAUUUGGGGCCGCUAAAAUAUUUUUUUGGGAUUGAGGUUGCUCAGUCUAAGACAGGUAUAACAAUUACUCAGCAAAAAUAUGCCCUUGAUAUACUUGAAGAAACAGGCAUGCUUGAUUGUCGCCUGCGUGAUACUCCUAUGGAUCCUAAUGUCAAGCUCCUACCAGGUCAGGGGGAGCCAUUGCAAGACCCUGGUAGAUAUCGACGACUUGUUGGCAAACUUAAUUAUCUUACACUAAAUAGACCUAAUAUUACAUUUGUUGUAAGUGUAGUAAGUCAGUUUCUGAGUGCUCCAUGUGAUAGUCACUGGAAUGUUGUGAUUCAUAUUCUUAGGUAUAUCAAGAAUGCACCAGGAAAAGGAUUGCUUUAUGAACACAACGGUAAUUCCGGUGUUGUUGGCUACUCUAAUGCUGAUUGGGCAGGGUCAUCGUCAGAUAGAAGAUCCACUUCUGGGUAUGGGGUCCUUGUUGGAGGUAAUUUGAUAUCAUGGCAGAGCAAGAAGCAAAACAUAGUCGCAAGAUCGAGCGCAGAAGCGGAAUAUCGUGCUAUGGCUGCAAUGGCUUGUGAACUUACAUGGCUAAAAUAGUUACUCAAACAACUCAAGUUAGGAGAUGUCAAUGUAAUGAAACUAACUUGUGAUAACCAAGCUGCACUUCAUAUUGCUUUCAAUCGGGUCUUCCAUGAAAGAACAAAGCACAUAGAAAUUGAUUGUCAUCUUGUAAGAGACAAAGUUCUUUCCGGAGAAAUCACAACUAACUUUGUUGGAUCAAGUGAUCAAUUGGCUGACAUAUUCACUAAGUCACUUAGGGGUCCUCGAGUUGAAUCUAUAUGUAACAAGCUUGGUGCAUAUGAUAUGUAUGCUUCAGCUUGAGGAGGAGUGUUAGAAUUCAAAAUAUGAUUUAUUAUUCUUUGACCGUACAAUUUCCUAGGUUCAAUGGUAGAACUUCUAGUCAAAUACAAGUCCCUAGUAUUUGAAUGUAAUUAUUGUAUUUGAAUGUAAUUAUUGUAACCUCAUUAUAAAUAUAAUGUGUGUGAUCUUGUUUGAGACACACAAGAAACACAACAAAUCACGUAUUUUACACUUUUUAAUCCUUUUGUUGCUAGCUCACAGCCUAUCUAUUCCUAAGAUUGUGGAUGAAAACCUUCAUGGUGGUGGAUGGGUGUGAAGGGGACCAAAGGUGUUUGUACAGCUAAAGCUUCGUCUGGGUACUCUUCGCUUCUGCACAUAGUUAGACCAUGGGAUACAAUACAUGAUUGGAAGUGGGUAUGGAGGUUGAACACACCUGCAAAAGUGCAAUUUAUGGUUUGGCAGAUCCUGCAUUUGGUACUUUCUACUAAUGAUACGAGGACUAGUGUGUGAAACGAGUUAAGCAACAACCUUCCAUUCAAUUUCAUAUUCAUGCUUCAAACAUUCACCCAGGUUGUUGAGCGAACAUGGAUUGUGGUAGUCAAAUAUAUUUACAUUGUUUAUUCCUUGGUUA